AUGGCCAGUUGGAGGUUUGCCAGAGCUUUGGUCCUCUAUGUGACCUGCACCAGGACGGCCUUCGCAACCGGAGCAAGUCAGGGACAGCUUUCUUCAGCGCCGACUGCUGGGCCCAUUGAUCUACUGCUGAAUAGGGCCGAAGAGGCGAGCCUGCUCCAGAUCCGGGACGCUGCUAAACAGACUCGCGAGACAUCUGAAAAGCCAGGGUGCUGGGCCACGCUGGCCAAGCAUCAGGAGCUCACUCCUGACAAGCCUCUCCCUUCUUUUGCUGAGCUCGAGAAGUCCUCUGGCUCCGACAAGUGGUGGCUACAUCACUACGAAGUUGUGUAUGAGAGGUGGCUUGCGCCUUAUCGCCACGCGAAGGAUCUCACGAUGAUAGAGAUCGGUGCUAAGCAUGGCAGUUCUUUGAAUUUGUGGAACGCGUAUUUCACCAACCCAAGGCUCAUCCUCGGCCUUGCCUAUGGUGAUGAUGCAGACACGGCGGAAUUGAAGGAAGAUGCCAAGGUCACUGUGCAUCGCGGCGAUCAAUCAAAGCAGGAAACCAUGCAGCACCUGAUGAGUUUGGGUCCGUGGGACGUCAUCAUCGACGACGGCUCACAUGUACCCAGACACGUGAUAUUCUCUUUGUUCGCACUCUGGAAGAGCAUUAAGCCUGGCGGGCUGUAUGUGAUUGAAGACCUGGAGACCAACUAUUGGCCAAAGGGAGAUACGAUCUAUGGGUAUCGACUAGAUGGCGGCAUUGGGGCAGAAGCUAACAGCAGCGCGGUCACAAAGCUAGAGCAGGUGAGCCGCGUUCUUCUUCGACAUGGCCUCGGCGCAGCUGGCAUGAGCGUGAUGCCAGGCGAUGAUGCGUUGUGUUCAGUUGAGUGGGGACCUAAUCUGGUGGCAUUGCGGAAAUGUACAGAAGAGCAGAAGGGCCACAUUCCAACGCCCACCAAGGAGCCUCUCCAGGGAUUGCAGAGGUGGUUGGAGGAGGCUACAGCGAGCAACCCGCAAAACGUCGCUCUACCUGCAGCUGCCCCCGACAACUCGAUACCGACAUGCACAUCAUCUGAGGAUGAGAUCUUUGCGUGCAAGCUCCGUGAGCUGCAAUCGCCAGAGUGGACCCGACGUCUAUACGAGAGAGAUUAUGGAAGAUGGCUAAGCCACUUCCGAUCCCUGCCAGGCGUGAAAGUGGCAGAGCUUGGCAAGCAAGUUGGGCUCACAAUGAGGCUCUGGGACUCCUAUUUCGACCAGCCGAGCGAACUCCUUGGAGUUCAGCGUGAUGGCAAGGCACCAAGUGCCUCCUUCAUGCAGUUUCGCAGCCCUGCCGUCAGCAUCUAUACCGGCGAAGAUGGCAACAUGGAUACUCUACAGCACAUACUCAGUCGAGGUCCAUGGGACGUGAUUGUGGAUGACGGCUCGCAGCCGUCACAUCGGAGGAUCACCUGUCUCUUCGGACUCUGGCGUUCUCUCAAGCCAGGGGGACUUUACAUCCUCGAGAGCAUGGGUGGAGACGCCUGGCCAUCACUGUCCCGGCAGAGCGCAGCGAAAAGCAUCACGGAUACGGGAAACGCUACGGCUGAGGAGGUCUCAUUGGUAAGCAAGUUGGAGCAGAUCAAGCAGGUCCUCAUGCGCUACGAGAUUGGGAACGCUCAGAUGACAGUGAUGCCAGGAGAUGGAGACCUUUGCACCAUGGAUUGGGGAAUGAAUAUCGUCGCGCUCCGCAAGUGCACUGCAGAGAACAUUCAAGCCGGAAAGCAUUACCGACCCGAGCAUUUCGAUAGGCAGCUCAUGGCGCAUUGGCUGUCGCGGGCUACGUCAACGAACCCCAAGCUGUGA